AUGCCGACCUAUGAUCCGGACACCGACUUUGAGCCCCCACCAGGGCCGCCUCCGAACUGGGCCCCUCCAGUUCAACAGCGUCCGAGUAUUUCGGAACCGCCUGUUCCCACCUCUCCCCAAGCGGACCAGCCAUCUCAAAAACCUAAUCUGAAGCCCACAGACCCAGUGGGGCAAGGUCAGUCGCCUCGCAAGCCUUCAGAGCCAUGGAAAUUCCCCAAACCACACCCUUGCGGAGUUACUCCCCUCGCUGAAUGCGCUGCCGGCGGUAUCAACUUGGACGUGGAUUGGUUCCACCAUCCUGCCGUUCCUUCACUAUACAUCUGUUCCCGAUGCUACGCAGAGCAUGUCUACGACCCCAGGUUCCAUGAAUCCUUCGAAAAGGUCCACAUGAAGGCAGCCGAGAGCCCAUGUUGUAGCUUCCCGUCCCGCCGGUUGAAAGAGCAGCUCUGGCCCGUGGCCCUCUCCUCCGGCGACCUGGCUCCGGUACUGGAGUACAUGAAGAUGAGAGCCGCCCUCCCGCCGUGUCCUGCGGCUGCUUCAGUUGAGGGCAGAGCUUGGUAUGUCAGUACAGACAUCCAGGGGUCGACCAUGUGUCCAGCGUGCUUCGAGGAUGCCGGAAUCGAACCUGUGAUCCGGGAGAAGUUUACGCUGCAGACGAUCCCAAAUGGCUGUACCUGCGAUCUAGCCUGCACGUUUAUCGAUCGCUUGUUGAAGGAGACCAAGAAAAUCGAAGAGUGGAAGAAUUUCGUGGAGGGUGUCAGUGCUCGCAUCUCGAUGCCCGCUUGCCCAAAGGGUGGGAAGAGAAAGGCGCAAGGACUUCCCUGGUAUCAAACCAACGAAGGCCGUCCGAGUAUGCAGAUCUGCGUAGCUUGUUACCUUGACUACUUUGUUGGCACGCCGGAUGCCCAAGUCUUCCACCAGGUCGGCGGCGGAGACUACGAUACGCACUGCGACAUAGGGAAUUCCUACUUGGAGAUUGCCGCGAACACGACUGUCUGGAAGGACGACCGGGAAAUAUUCUGGAAAGCUGCGAAGGUUGUUAGGAGCCAGCCCUGCACCACUGAGGGGAUCCAGGGGAAGUGGUACACUCUUCCUAACAACCCACCCGGGUUUGGGAUAUGCGAGGCUUGUUUCGCCGCUGUCGUUGAACCCAUGGGAGCGCAGCACUUCUUCGUCGACAAAGGCGAUUAUCCAUGGUUCGAGCCAAAGAUUCUAUGCGUGUUUAAUUCUGAACACGGGCGGUUUGGCAAUUACAUGGCUCGGUUCGUCCAGAGUGCGUUAACAGGGGAUCCGAAAUUUACCGGGGACUACGCCGAGACGUAUGGAAACGUUCUCACCUGCCCGCGAGACCACUAUCGGCGCGGAAAGAAUAGGAAAUUCUGGGGUUGGGGUGUCUCGGCCAUAUGCGAGGAGUGCUAUGUAUCCUUUGCAAAGGGGACUGCCUUGGAAGGGAGAUUCGCGCUCAAGGGGGAUCCAGACCCCAAAGGCCGGAUGUGUGACAUGUAUUCACCACGAAUGAGAAAGCUCUACAUGGAGGCCUGCAAGACUGGUGACCUCGAGGGAUUCCUAGCAAUCGGAAACCAGCGGCACGAAGUCUGGUGCGCCACCAUUGCCGUCUGCGACCGGAUCCAGUCGGACAUGCAGAUGGCUGCCUUCCAAGCCAACCGGCUCCGGUCCUCGUCCAUGUUCUACAACUUCCUUGGCCACUCGGUGGAUAACACGAUCGGCCAUAGCUACACCGUUGGUAACUCGUACGCGGGGUACGGGCAUGCCAACGACUACUUGCUGACCGGGGCCACUAUGGCGAAGCAGGCCCAGGAGGCGUCGAACGAGGCAACGACCUUGUCGGGUCCGGCCCGGAUGGCGAUGUUGAGGAGGCAGUGGGCCGAGGUGGAAUGA